AUUGUUUUUCAGAUCAUAAAACUUUAGUUAUUAGUAUUUUUAUUUAAUUUAGUACUUGAACUAGUUAAUUAAUAUAGUUUAGAAUGGAUGUAAAGAAUUUGGAGACGUAUGCCAUAAUCGGGUUUGAUGGUUCCGCGAUCCGUGGCCUGAAAGUGCAUCCCGACGGCGACCAUGUCAUCUACCCGAUGGGCAACAAGGUCUGCAUCCAGCACUGGACCAGCAAGCAGAUGUGGUUCCUGAGCGGGCACACCAACAGCGUGUCGGCGGUGGGUGUGUCUAGCGGCGGGCGAUACGUCGGCUCGGGUCAGAUCAACCACGUAGGAUUCAAGGCCGCUGUCAAGCUGUGGGACUUUAAGAAGAAGACGCUACUGGGGAGCCAUGAGCUGCAUAAGGUCCGCGUGGAAGCCCUAAUGUUCACUUCGGACGAGCGCCUCAUGAUCUCGCUGGGCGGCCGAGAUGACGGCUGCCUAGUCAUCUGGGACUGCGCCGCGGGCUCGGCGACCGGCACGGCGUCUGCUGCACGACUGACCACUGGGGAUGCCGUUACUCUUACUGCGCUGUCGCGUCGGCCUAACUCGUUCGUUACUGGCGGGGACUCAAACCUUCGCGUAUGGAACAUCCGCGCCCAAAGCAAGGCGCUGGACGUGGUGGACGUGGCGCUCGGCAAGCUGAGGAGAAGCGUCCGUUGUAUCGCAGUCAGUGGGGACGACUCCUACGGCGUUGCGGGGACCACGACGGGAGACAUGGUGAAAUUCUCCAUCAAAUAUCCUUCUGACCCGGUAGCAGACGUAGCGGACUGCAAGCCGGCCCUUAUAGGUUGUUUGGCUAAAUGUGGACCUUGGAAGAAAGGGAAGCGACCGGAGAGUCUGUGUUACAGCCAAGGUGUGGAGGCAAUCCUGAUAAUGUCGGACGGAUGCCUAAUAGUGGGAGCUGGGGAUGGUACCAUAGAUAUCCUAGAUGAGAUCAACUGGAAGGGAGAGUUCCCUAAGGGCAGGCUGCUAGACCCUAACUUGCCGUACUUUAAAGCUCUCCGGUCCGCGAAGCUUCCUGGCUGCAUUACCUCCCUGGAGCUCAUGGAGUCCCCCGCCCAGCGCGGGGGCGCGCGCAAACUGUUAGCGGCCACGCGCUCCAGCGAGAUAUACGCGCUCCACGUGGACACGCUGGCGCCGCUGCUGUGCGUCACGUGCCACCGCUGCGCUAUCAACGAUAUAGCUUUCCCCAGGGGCAUGUCAGGCGUGUUCGCGACGGCGGGCUCGGGAGACGUCCGCGUGUGGUGCCUCGAGACCUGCCAGGAGCUGCUGCGGAUCUCCGUGCCUAACUUCACGUGCAGCUCUCUGCUGUUCAGUGGUGACGGCAAAUCCAUUGUCUCUGGUUGGAACGACGGCACGAUCCGCGCCUUCACCCCGCUCACGGGGCGGCUGAUGUACGCCAUAUUCAACACCCACAACAAGGGCACGUCGGCGCUGGCGAUGAACUCUAGCGGCAACACGCUCAUCUCCGGCGGAUGCGAGGGGCAGGUCCGCGUAUGGGACAUAAAACCAGAAAAGCAGACGUUGAAGAAGGUUCUGAAAGAGCACAAGAGUCCAGUAUCAGCCAUCCAAGUAUCCCCCAACGAUUGCGAGGCCGUCAGCGCUGGCACGGACGGGUCGUGUAUCAUUUGGGACCUGAUGUCGCUAUCUCGCCGGCAAGUGAUGUACGCGAGCACGCUGUUCAUGUGCGUGUGCUUCGAGCCGCUCGGCUGCCAACUGCUGACCGGCGGCACGGACCGCCGCGUCGCCUACUGGGAGGUCGGCAGCGGGAACCUGGCCAGAGAGUUGGAGGCGAGCAAGGUCGGAGCAGUGAACGGACUGGACAUAUCGGCCGACGGUGAGCUCUUCGUAACUGGAUGUAACGACCAGAUCGUCAAGAUCUGGAAAUACCAGGAGGGCAUCUACACACACAUGGGACUAGGGCAUGCAGGGGCAGUGACUUGUGCUAAGUUCUCACCGGACCGACGGUUCGUCGUGAGCGCGUGUGGUGCCGGCAGCAUCAUCGUGUGGAGGACGCCAGAGCCAUCAUCAGCCAAGCAAACCCAGGACCAAGAGGGCCAGGACCAAAAGAAGCCUCAGAGCCUUGAAGACGAGCUGAGGCUGCCCUUGUCGGAUAAACCGGACCAGGAGAAGAAAAAGGGGUCAGGGGACCGGCAGCACAGGGUGCCCGCGGCACCUUCCAAGGUAGAGAAGAUAGAGGCGAUGGAUACGACUCGCAGCAGCGUGCACUCGUGCUGCCCGUGCGACACGCUGCGCGCCGGCGCCGGACCCAAGCGCAGCCCGCCCGACUCCGGCAACAAGUGCUGCAAGCCCGCAGACAAAACGAAUAACUUACCAACGAAAACGACGAGCAAAGAAUUCAUCAGAAGCGGCGGGGGCGAUAGAAAAUAG